UCUCGCGAUAGCGGUGUCAUAACUGUUGGAAUCUGCCGGGGCUCUCAUUUUCCAACAUGGCGCUGAAGUUGACGACGACUGCAGGUGCCGUCGCGAGGGCGGUGUUCAAGCCAACCGUCCUCAGCCGUCCUUGGGAGGUUCUAAGUACCCAUGAGGCCCCCUGGAGGAGCAUCUCCUCACAACAAACAAUUCCUCCAUCUGCGAAAUAUGGCGGGCGGCACACAGUGACUAUGAUCCCAGGGGACGGCAUCGGGCCGGAGCUCAUGCUGCACGUCAAGUCUGUGUUCAGGCAUGCGUGUGUGCCGGUGGACUUUGAAGAGGUGCACGUGAGUUCCAACGCUGACGAGGAAGACAUCCGCAACGCCAUCAUGGCCAUCCGUCGGAACCGCGUGGCCUUGAAAGGCAACAUUGAAACCAAUCAUAACCUGCCACCAUCUCACAAAUCCCGAAACAACAUCCUUCGCACCAGCCUGGACCUCUACGCCAACGUCAUCCACUGCAAGAGCCUGCCAGGAGUGGUGACACGGCACAAGGACAUAGACAUCCUCAUCGUCCGGGAGAACACGGAGGGCGAGUACAGUAGCCUGGAGCACGAGAGUGUGGCAGGAGUGGUGGAGAGCCUGAAGAUCAUCACCAAGGCCAAGUCCCUGCGAAUUGCUGAAUAUGCCUUCAAGCUGGCCCAGGAGAGUGGGCGCAAGAAAGUGACAGCCGUGCACAAGGCCAACAUCAUGAAGCUGGGUGAUGGACUCUUCCUACAGUGCUGCAGGGAGGUGGCGGCCGGCUACCCCCAGAUCGCUUUUGAGAGCAUGAUUGUGGACAACACUACGAUGCAGCUGGUGUCCCGGCCUCAGCAGUUCGACGUCAUGGUGAUGCCCAAUCUCUACGGCAACAUCGUCAACAACGUGUGUGCAGGGCUGGUCGGGGGCCCAGGCCUCGUGGCUGGGGCCAACUAUGGCCAUGUGUACGCAGUGUUUGAGACGGCUACCAGGAACACAGGCAAGAGUAUCGCCAAUAAGAACAUUGCCAACCCCACAGCCACGCUGCUGGCCAGUUGCAUGAUGCUGGACCACCUCAAGCUCCACACCUACGCCGCCUCCAUCCGCAAGGCUGUCUUGGCAUCCAUGGACAAUGAAAAUAUGCACACCCCGGACAUCGGGGGCCAGGGCACUACAUCUGAAGCCAUCCAAGACAUCAUCCGCAACAUUCGCAUCAUCAACGGCCGGGCUGUGGAGGCCUAGGCUGUCCCCGGGACCGGCACAGCCCACUCCUCAGACCCGGCUCCGUGGGCAGAUCCCAGAAUAAAGCAGUUUCUUGUCCCCAGA